AGCCGGACGGAGACCGGAAGUCUUCGCUCUUGCGCGCGGAACUCACGCAAAGCGGACCUGACACGCGGCCGGUUUCCAGGGGGAGCUCUUACAGCGCGGCACACUAUGUAGUCUCAGGUGACGGCUUGAAGACAUUUUGAGGAACAAAAAUAAAGACAUGAAGAAGACAUGAAGACAUGAAGACAUGAUGAAGACAUGAAGACAUGAUGAAGACAUGAAGACAGGACCAAGUGCGUGUUUAUCAGCAGCAUGGCGACGUGGGCGGAUUCUCUGAACGUUUAGCUCGCUUCAUAGGUGACGUCACACAGCGUCCUUCCACGAGGCUGCAACAGCAGCACGAGCCUACUGUGUCAUGGUGUAGCUGCACGAGACACAGACAGACAGACAGACAGGCAGGCAGGCAGGCAGACAGACACACAGACACACAGACAGACAGACAGACAGACAGGUACUUAGCUUAGCUUAGUUAGGUGUCGUUGGCUGGUGUGUGUUGCAGGAUGUGUGACGCAGCACAGAAGGACCUGUACGCUGUGCUGGGAGCGAGCUCUGCUGACUCAGCCCAGCAGCUCAGACAGAGAUACCAGCAGCUGGCUCUACAGUACCACCCGGACCGUCUUGGAGGUGAGGCAUCUUCAGAAGUGGAGUCAGCUGUGAAGAAGUUUCUAGAAGUGGAUGCAGCCUGGAGGAUCCUCAGUGACCAGGACACCAGGAGACAGUAUGACCUGCAGCGCAGAGAAUAGUGUCGUCCACACCAAUCCUCUUAACUGGUAUGAAACCUGAGUCACUUCUCCUCCGCUCUGUGUGCUCACCCUGUGAAACACAGAACCCAGAAAAGAGACACGAGAGCGACAACAGCAGAGUAAAGACUCUGACAGCAGGCACUGAAACUUCCCAAAUGAUCAGACCGAGCUUUCAGGUGUAAAACUGUAAGAAACUCUGU